GCGGAGGCCGAGAGCGUGCUGCAGAGUUUCGAGCGCCGCUUCCUGGCGGCGCGCACACUGCGCUCCUUCCCCUGGCAGGCACCAGGAAUCAGCAGUACACAUUACAGAUGAGGCCCUGCUUGGAUGGGAGAGCCAGAGAAUAAACAGAGCCUAGAAGAGAAAUUAAGGGACUCAUCAGGUCCUGAGCUGCUGCUGAAUAUUUUGCAGAAGACUGUGAAACAUCCUCUCUGUGUGAAGCAUCCGCCAUCAGUGAAGUAUGUCCGGUGCUUUCUCUCAGAGCUCAUCAGAAAGCACGAGGCUGUCCACAUGGAGCCUUUGGACGAGCUGUACGAGGCAUUGGCAGAGGUCCUGAUGGCUGAGGAGCCCACCCAGUGCCACCGGAGCUAUCUGCUGUCCUGUCAUUUUGAGAAGGUCAGAUGGAUGCAAUCUCACAAUGUGUGUCCUUCUGAGAUUGGCUUUCUUUGUGCAGCGUUAACACCCUCGAGACCCAUCCAGCCUUCCGGAGACUCGGUCACGCUCUCUGAGAGCACAGCCAUCGUUUCCCAUGGUACCACCGGCCUGGUCACGUGGGACGCUGCACUCUACCUCGCUGAAUGGGCCAUAGAGAACCCAGCCACCUUUGCUCACAGGACUGUCCUAGAGCUCGGCAGUGGAGCUGGCCUCACGGGCCUGGCCAUUUGCAAGACAUGCUGUCCCAGCACAUACGUCUUCAGCGACUGUCACAGCUGUGUUCUUGAGCAGCUCCGAGGAAACAUCCUUCUCAAUGGCCUCUCAUUGGAACCAGACACCACUGACCCUGAAAGGCACCCAGGACAUAAUGCCCACGACACAGAGAGCCCCAGGGUGACGGUGGCCCAGCUAGACUGGGAUGUUGUGACGGCCCCUGAGCUGGCUGCCUUCCGGCCAGACGUAAUCAUAGCAGCAGAUGUGCUAUAUUGCCCAGAAACUGUCAUGUCCCUGGUCAGAGUCCUGCAGAGGCUCUCUGCUUGCCUGAAAGACCAGCAGGCUCCUGAAGCCUACAUUGCCUUCACCGUCCGCAGCCCUGAGACCUGCUGGCUGUUCACCAACGAGCUAGGCCAGACUGGGAUCCCAUGGGAAGCAGUGCCUCAUCACAACCAGAAGCUGUUUCCCUAUGAAGAGCACUUAGACAUGGCAAUUUUGAAACUAAUUCUGUAGGUUUACAAACGUUUUUAAAGAUUAACAUAAAAAUUAAAUCACCAUCCUGGAAAGAAUUUUCAUGUAGCAAAAAAUAAAAUUUUCACUGGACCUGAAUGCUUGAAGAAUGUUAAAUUCAGAAUCAGGAACUGCAAACUGUGUUCUAAUAAAAUAUAAACUA